UCAACUGAUAGGAUGUGUUGCCUCUAAUCUAUUCCACCAUAACAGUAUUAAACAUGUAUAAAAUGAAGCAUCUAAGUCGUCUUUAUUUUGCGUUCGCAUCGAUAAUUAUUUUUUCCCAACAAAUUCAGUGUGAUGUGACCAAGUGUUGUCCAACGAAUUCGGUUCUAAAAAUAAUCGAUAAAUCUUGUACCGAAAACGAGACAAAUUGGGAUACAUACAAUAUUGUAGCAUCACAGAUGCCAAUAUGUGAUCAUGAAAUUGUCACAGUACCGAAAACUGUAACAUUCAUUGAAUUGAAUGGGUGCAUCGAUAAAAAUGAAAAUGAUGAAUUUGUAACCAUGUCAUGUGUCGAUAAUCCAAAAAUCGGUGUGCAUUUAAUGAACAAGUGCUGUUCAAUCGGGUAUUCGUAUGAUCACAUCCAACGUUCUUGCAUCGAAAAUCUCAAUUCGCAUGCACAUUUUAAAAAUAUGUUCAAAAGCGAAGUAGUUGUGUUUGAAAGUGCCAUUCCAAAAUGUUUGAACAACGAAGUGUAUGUUGAGUACCAUUCCAAAGUUGAUGACAUUCAAUUCAUUGGAGAUGUGAUACAAGUGAACGAAAAGGUUUUACCACUAAAUAAAUUCUGUAUCGAAGAUUUAGUGAAUAUUGGUGGAUCAAUGGCAAAUGAACAACGCGUAAUCGUUCGAAGUUGUCAACCAGCGUCCGUGUGCACCGAUAUUCCUUGCAUGCGACGAUGCUGUAGUGCCGAUGAAAUUAUGGAAAGAAAUCCAAGACGAUGCGUGCCACAUCCAGACAAUAUAAAUCUAAAACCAAUUUUCUAUGACCUCGACUUGCCGAUAAAUGAAAAAACUCAAACGCAAAUCCAAAUUAAAGAAUAUGGCAUUUUGCAUUCGUUUAAUUGUGAAAAAAUGUAUGUAUUGAAUCCAAAUGAUGAAGAAGACCUCCACUAUUUGCAUAAAGAUGGUAGACUUUACUUAGUCGACAAGGAACCAUACGAUCAAAACCAAUAUUGUAUAGAGAAUGUUGUGACUCCAAACGGAACGGUUGGGGCAUACGCAUUCCUUUGCGCUGUUAAUGACACCUUUGAGCAACCGACGAAAUUUACAUAUUAUCCAUACGGUCUAAUGACCUCCUGCGUAUUUUUGGCUCUAACAUUGAUUGUAUAUUUGUUACUGCCAAAGCUGUUAAAUCUGCAUGGUAAAACGCUUGUGUGUUACGUCACAACGAUGCUGGCCUCAUACAUUACGCUAGCUAUAUUACAAAUCAAUACAGGCCCCCGACCAGAAUUUUGCGAAGAAAUGGCAUAUUUCUUACUUUUUACCUUAAUUUCGACAUUUUGCUGGCAAACUGUCAUGUGCUUUGAUAUCUGGCUUACAUUUGGAUCUUUGCGUUCAUCGUUCGCAAUGCGACACAAUCGACAACAUGGGCGACGAUUUUUGUACUAUUCGGCAUAUGCAUGGCUAGUGCCUUUAGCCUGGGUUGGAUUCACGUCCUAUGCAAAAAAAUACAAACCAUUUUCAGCGACAUGGAACCCAAAUAUCGACCAUGCUUGCUUCUUUGCUGACUACAUCAAUUGGAGACCUCACUUUCUGUUCUUCAUAAUACCGGCUGGCGUUCAUGUCAUCACCAACUGUAUUCUAUUCAUCAUCACAGCCAUUCACUGUUCUCGCGUCAAAAGCGACAUUCACCGAAUGCAACACAUGUCGGAUGAAACGAAUACAUCAACGAAACGGAAAAAAUUUCUCAUGUCAAGGGCAAUGUUCGUAUUUAUGAUGAAUUUGAAAUUGUUCACCGUGAUGGGAAUAUCAUGGAUACUGGAAAUUAUUUCAACAUUUUACAAAAAUCCAACGGUUGAAUACAUUUUCGAUACGUACAACAUAUUCCUUGGGGUUUUCAUUUUCUUUAUAUUUGUCUUCAAGCGGAAAGUACUAUAUGAGCUUAAAAUUCGAUUUGGUUUUAAUUCGAAGAGCACCACCACCGGGACGGGAUCGAUUACACCAAAAUCGACAACUGUCACAAAUACGGCAAACAUUAGUAUGCGCGACAUAAGAAGUGCGUCAGAGAAAAGCCUACCCUUGCUUACAGCAUCGUCUACAAUGUUGCAAGUGCCUAGCAUUAGAAAAUAGUCCAUAUCUUACAUACUCAUUCAAAUGUCAUUUUAUAAACUUUUUCAUAUUUUAUCAUUGGAUACUUUAUUCGAGUAUUGCUAUUAUUUAAAUGUCUACAUAAUAAAAGAUAUAUUGGUAAACAUAACGACAAAGCAUAAUUCAAAUGGUGUAAGUAUAUAUCAGUUUUAAAUUGAAACACGCUUUGUAAUGUAUAAUCUAGAUCUCCGAUAAUAAUGUUAGAAUAUGAAUAAAAUA